AUGAAGCUCUCCGUGAUUGUCGCAACUUUGUUGACUGCCCUAGCUGCCGUCGACGUUCAAGGCUACACGAACCCGAUCACUAUUGUCGGCUACCGCAUGUUCGACAACAAGACGGGUGACUCAUUCGCUGUCAAAGGCAUCGACUACUAUCCGCGCCCCAACGCCGGCAAACUCAACGAAAACAAUCACGACUUCUUCACGGACGCACACUACGACGUCUGGAAAGACGAUAUUGACUACCUUGCUUCUACUGGAGCCAACGCUGUGAGGUUGUACGCUGUUGAUCCGUCCAAGUCCCACGACAUGUUCAUGUGCGCGCUGCGUGCCAAGGGCAUGUAUGCUCUGAUCGACCUUGCUGCUAGUUGCACCAAUUGCUCGGUUACCAUCGAAAAGUAUCCGACGUGUUACCCCGCCGCUCUUCGAGAACGCGGAAGGCAAAUUAUCCUGGCAUUUGCCAAGUAUGACAACGUGCUGGCCUUUAGCGCAGGAAAUGAGGUCAAUAACGAAGUACCCGAGGACGCUGCGAUCAAUGCACCAUGCCAGAAGAAGUUCGUUCGCGAUAUGCGCAACUUUAUCGGAGAAUGCUCCAGUAUCCGCAAGAUCCCCGUUGGGCUUGUCGUGGCCGAUCCUGACACAGCGAAAAACAAUCGCGAAGUCAACGCAAAGUACUACAAUUGCCGCGGCAACAACGACAAGUACGAGAAUGCCGAGUGGUAUGGUAUCAACGCAUACCAGUACUGCGACCACGACCAGAAGACUCUCGCGGCUGCUACCGGAUUCAACAAACUCCAGACAGAUUUCGCGUCGUACGGAAUGACCAUCCCGGUAAUGCUGACAGAAUACGGAUGCCUGAACGUAAAGUUCCCGAAAGUCGGAGAGUAUGAGGCUCAGCGUACGUGGCUUCAGGCAGGCUGGUUGUUCUCCUCUGACUUCCGCAAGACAUUCUCUGGAGGCUUUGCCUUUGAAUACUCGACUGAGAUCGUGAACGUGAAGGCGGCGUUUCCAUUUACCAGCUAUGACGCCGGGAACUACGGACUCGGCUACUUUAAGCCUGCGAACUGUAAUCACGAUGAUAUCAAGUGUGAAUACGUGCCAAUGCCCAACUACGACAACCUCGCCACGCAAUACAAAGCUGUUAACGUCACUAGUGAGACCAAAAUGAGCGCAUUCAAGUCGGAUCGAACUGUACUACCCACCUGCCCCACCGGUUUCCCGAAACUAAGCGACAUCACGUGGGAAUCUGACACUGUUGCAAGUAAAUUCAGCUGCCCCACGGCAGUUCAAUCUCAUACCUGCGAAGGUCAACAGUCGAGUGGAACUUGGGCCACUGGCUCGGGAUCGGGGACGCAUAGCUCGACUCCCAGUGGAAGCAAUAGCGACAGUACUAGUGGCAGCACCAGCAGCAGCGGUUCAUCGGCUACGACAACCACGGCGAACGAAGCGAACCGCCAAAACUCACUUGUGGCUGUUGUGUCGGUCACUUUGCUCUCGGCGAUAUUGCAUACUCUUUUCUAA